GCUGCAAACACAUCUAGAGAGCACAGAGAGACCACAGCAGCAGCCGGACCUCACACACACUCGCACGGCGGCCCCUCAUCCAGUUACGCUCAAAGAGGAUCCCAGCAGGAGACGCACCAACCGCUGCACAAAGAGGAACCUACGGCUGCACUGCGCACACGUCUCCAACUCGAGGAAGACUUUUUUAUCUACUUUUUGUUUUUCUUCUCGAAAGAAAAACCCUCUCCAUAGGGCUUGGUGAUCCUUCUCUGUCGUGCCACAAUGUCCGAGGUGCUGCCAUACAACGAGGGGAAAAUGAACGGCUACGGGGCGGACAGCGAGGUCAGUCAGAUGUCCUUUAGCUGCGGACUGCAGGACACAAGCGCCUUUUUCGCUGCGUCGCAGGCGAAAAGACCCCCAAAGCUUGGACAGAUCGGCAGAGCCAAGCGAGUGGUCAUCGAGGACGACCGAAUAGACGAGGUCCUGAAGGGGAUGACGGACAAGUCUUCACCCGGCGUUUAAACACGAGCGAUGCCUUGCAGACUUUUUUAAUUUUGAUCACCGAUUUGAAGCACUUGUCGGCUGUGCAUGUUCGAGGAUUGCAGGGAGAAAAAAAAUCGACGGCACGAAGCGAAAGGACGGGAUGAUGGUGAAAUGGGGAGAGAGAGAAAAAAGAAAAUGGCAAAGAGGAAGAUGAAGGGGGAAAAUGGCUUAAAUGAAGAGAUGUGAAGAGGAGGAAGAAGAAGAAGAAGAAGAAAGAGUGAAGAGGAGGAGGAGGAGGAUGAGGAGGAGGAAGAGACUCUGGAAAAAGACCAAGAUUUAUCAUGGGAUUGCUGGCAAUUCUCCAAACGAAUCCCGAUUUUAACUCCUGCUGCGCAGCAAGAUGUUGAGAUGGCGGACACUCUGCUCUGUAUCUCAACCUCUGCUGACUUUAAUGAUGGAUGAACUUGUCAUUACUCCACGACCAUCUCUCUUGUUUCUUUUUUUUCUUCUUCUUCUUUUUUUUUUCCCAAAAAGCGCUGUAAGCAACAAAAUACUGCAACUAGAGGGUGAAGUUAAAUCCCAGCCCUAUUUCAAUAAGUUGUACAGUAGGUAGGCUAAGCUCUCAGACGUCCCCCCUUUCCCUCCCUCCCCCCUCCUCUCUCCUUUAGGCUUUGCUUUGUUGAUUCAGUCAGCGACGGUGCAUUCAAGGGAGCUGUCCUUUCAGCACUGAUCCAAUGCAUUCCUGUUGCUGCUAAUGCUUUUUUAAAAAUACAAUUCAAAAAAACAAAAAAACAAAAACAAAAAAAACAGACCAACCAAACUCUCCAAUCUACUAAAUAGAGGAGACCCAUUGUAUGUAAAAAACACACACAUAUAUCCGAGGAUGGUGCAAUGUUAAUAUUUUCUGUAGUAGAAUCCCAUUUGUUUUGGCACUUAUACAGCAUUAGGCCUCAUGUUAAGCUGAAAAACAGGCUACAUUCUACUUCUUGCAUUACCCAUCAGUGGUUAAAAGGUGCAGGCUGGCACCUCCAUGUAGCUGAUUUACACCUGCACAUAUCUUUUUUUUUUUCCUUGCAUUUUUAAAAAUGCUCAGAUAUCUACAGAGGCCAGCAGAUAAUGUGGAGAUUAUAGUAAAUGUUUUAAAUAAUAGUCAUGAAAUUGAUGGAAAAAAAAAAAACAAGCUUUCUAUAAUUUGGAUAUUUUCAUUUUUUUGCGAUUAUUUGUGUUUCGUCCUCUAUGGAUUUUAAAAGGUUUUUCUCCAUCUAUUUGCAUGAACUGUCACUCCGGUGCCAACGCAGGUGCCACCACUCUUACCCUGGCACGCUUCUUUUUAACAAAAGUCAUAUUUGUAUUUUUAUAUCUAAAUAUUUGUUAUUUAAAUUAUAUGCUAGUCUAUCGUCUUACAAUUCAUCAACAAAAAUAUUUGUACUUCAGAGAGGAUAUACAGAAUGAGACUAGGCUUCAUGGAGGCGAAGCUAAGAUUUUCGGUGGACUGGUCUCAUUCUAUAUCAGAUGUCGGACGUUUUUUAAAGACUAACUGAAUGUGUCUGGGGUUUUUGCACACAUCAAUGUUAAACUAUUAUUAAGAAAUCGUAUACUGUGACUUGAGCUUCGUUGAUGAAUUUGUUAGAAAAUGGCAGUUUUAGAGUAUAUUGCACUGUUUACGAGUAUCCUCAAAUAACACGUUGUUAUUUGACCGAUUUUGGACAUUACAGUUUUUUGUUUUUUAAUUUUGUUUAUUUUGUACCAUUAUUUUAAAGAAACUGGAUAUGGUUUGUUGUGCAUGAAACCUUAAUAUUUUCAAUAAUGAAACAUUGUUUUAUGAAGCAAAAAAGCAACAAAAAUGUCAUGACAUUCUAAGAAUGAGUCAUUGUAUAUUAUGAUGCCAUUUUCACUGUAUUUGGUGAAUUAAUAAAUGGUGAAAGAAAAUGUUAA